CCCACCUCCUUACGCACGCACCACCAAACAACAAAAUCUAUUUUCCUCGCCAACGCCAACUGACAUAGCCAAAACACCCAAGCAAUCGAGAACACGAAAAGCAGACGAAAAUGGCGUCGCCCGCCGCAAGGAUCACCUUCCGCAUACUAAUCGUGGCUCUGGUCGUUCUCGUCCUCUUCUACGUCGGCCGCCCUCUCUACUGGAAAAUCUCCGCCACCAUCCACGAGAUCCGCCAAAACAAACAGACCGUUAAGCAAGGUAUAUCGCAGAUUGUUCUGGAAGCUCAGAAAUCGGUCGGUUGGUACCACGACGAGUCGGAUUCGGGUGCCCGCUACGAUAGGGCCGCGAAGAAUGUCGGGUUGGCCACGACCCGGAGGCUGCUGCUCCGCCAGGUUUCGUGAAAUCCCUUGAUUUUUCCAAAAUUUGCUGCUUUGUAAGACUGAGGUUUCAGUGGGUCUGUUCAAAUCUGGUCACAUUUCAAAUGAAUCGGUUAAAUUAUGUUGAAUUAAUGUGUUUAGGGAGUGAAAUACUUCUUCCUGACACUACUAAAUGUUAGAAAAGUUUGCACAACUGCAAUGCUGGAUUAUGUAUCGGUUUCGGAAUAUAUAUAGAAUUUUACUGAGUAUGAUUAUAUAUAUAGUAUUUUGGGUU